AUGCGAAACGAGAUGCCAAAAGAAGGGGAGCAUAGGAUCAGGAGAUUUGGAACAGGACAGGAGAUUGGAUCCUUCUGCUCUUAUCCGCCGCUGAUUUUACUGUCCAUCUUCAUGGAGAAAGAACAGAGGCGGUGGACAUGGCGUUUAACGGUACGAUUAAUGCGAAGAUCAACCAUAUUCUCCCAACCAGUGGUGCUUACUGGACGUCUCAGUGGUACCAUCCUUCAGCAGUAG